GUGCUUCAUUGCUCUAUUAUAUAAUAACUGUCCCUCGUUUGUUUUUUCAUCAUCCAGCUUUCAUAUUUAUUUUUCAAACUUGUUUUUCAAUUUCUUUUCCUGUUUUAAUUCUCAUCUCAAAUACUUUAUUAUGAAAUUCUCCUUUUCUGCUAUCGCAGCUGUUGCUGUUGCUCUCCUUGGUUCUUCUGAGGCUGCCAUCAUUGCUAAAAGAGAUGUCUCUAUACCUGACUACGUCAAAGGUUUUAAAGGUACUACCUAUACUCCCUAUGACAAAGAUUACAACUGCAGAACCCCUGCUCAAAUUCGUACCGAUGUUUCCUACUUGAAAGACUUUCCUUACAUUCGUCUUUACUCUAACGCUUGUUCCGUCGUCCAAUAUGCUUUGGAAGCUUUAGACGAUUCUCAAAAAUUGGUUGUUGCAUUGAACGAUGUUUCCUCUACUGAGGCUUUGCAAAACGAAAUCUGGUCCAUUGCUGCUUCCUGUGGUUUUGCUGGAAAACAAUUCAACGAUGUUGUUGACACCGUCAUUGUUGGAAAUGAAUUAGUUUAUAACAAUUGGUAUUCUGCUGACCAAGUUAAAGGUUUUGUUGAAACUGUCAAAUCACUUUUAUCCACUUUCCCCGGCCAUAUUCUUACCGCUGAUACCGUUUCUUCCUACUAUGGCAAUCCAUCUUUAUGUGAAUUUAAUGAUUACAUUGGCAUUAACUCUCAUCCAUUCUUUGAUAACUCAACUGCCGAAGGUGCUGGUGACUAUGUUCUUUCACGUAUCCAAGCAGUUUGGCAAUUUUGUCACGAACAUGGUUAUGACAGAGAUGUUGUUGUUUUGGAAACAGGAUGGCCUUCAUCUGGUUUGCCAUACAACAACGCUAUUCCAGGUGUAGAAGAACAAAAAAUUGCUGUUAAAGCCAUUCAAUCCACUUCUGCUGCUUCUUCUUUCCUUUUCUCUGCUUAUAAUGAGUUAUGGAAAUCUCAAAACGAAUGGCAUGUUGAGAAAAGCUUUGGAGUCUUAGGUGAUGCUCCAUCAACUGCUUAAUUAUAUAAAUUUCUUAUCAAGGUUCAUAUCCUAAUUUAAUUCUUUCCUUAGUUUUGUUUUAUAAUUCUAAGACUUUUAAUUAUAUCUACAUUUAAACAUACCAAAUCCCAAUUUUUUUGAUCUGGGGGUUUUUUAAUCAACGUUUUUCAUCAUUUUCACAAAAAACUUUCUUUAUAUCUUGUUUUAAAAUUUGAUUU